GUUUCUUUGGACCCUUCAUUAGUCCUCAUUGGAAUACUCGAGAGGAGGGAGGAGAAAACUAACAACAGCUAGCUCAUCUUCUAUUUCCCAUUAUCCUCCACUCUUCUUCUCUCCCCACUCUACUAGAGAAACGGAUCAAACCACUAGGUGCUAGAGAAAUGAUGCUUAUCUUUUGCCACGAAAGAGAAGCUUUCAGCUUCCUCAUCUUUCUUGCUACCGUCCAGCUUUUCUUCCAACCCUCCAUUGGUGCAACUGCUGAGACUCUCAUCUUCAAACCCAUCAAACUUAAUUGCUCCAGUGAUUCAUUUGCCAGAGAUAAUGACACAAUUCAGACAAGUCUUGAGGUCCUCUUCUCCUCUCUGAGAUCCAAGGCUUUGUGUUCUAAUUCUGGUAACCAGACAAUUGGAGAGAGUCCUGAAACCAUUUAUGGUUCUUUCCUGUGCCCAAGUGAUCUCUCCCAUGAGGACUGCGAGAUUUGCAUCCAUUUCGCAGCUGACAAUCUCUUUCAAAGUUGUGCUUCCUCGCGACAUGCUGCUAUUUGGAUCGACCACUGCCAAUUGCACUACUCCCAUCAGAACAUCCUCGAGGUCGCCGCUACGGAUGGAUUCAGCUUAACCAACAACCAUGAAGAAACCAAUUCCAUGAAACCAAUGGAGGUGGUGUCAGAACCCUUGAAAAUGGCCAAUUACCGGCGUCGCCUGAUGGAUGCACCUCAAACAACAGCUGCGAAUGAUGGAGGAAAUGUAAAGAAAUCAAGUUCUGGUGCAAUGCCCAUCAUAAUUUCAAUUCUGGCAGUGGUUAUUGUUGGCACUUCUCUCUACUGUAUAUACUGCUGGAGGUGGAGAAAACGCAAUGCUAUCAGAAGAGGCCAAAUAGAGAAUCUCAGAUCUCUAUCAAGCUCGGAAUUGCAUUUGAUGGAUCUGUCUGCGAUUCAAGUAGCGACAAAUAACUUCUCUAAAGAAAAUAAACUUGGGGAAGGUGGAUUUGGCCCUGUGUAUAAAGGUGUGCUUUGCGGUGGAACCGAGGUUGCGAUAAAGAGGCUUUCAGCCAAAUCCAGGCAAGGUGCUGUGGAGUUUAGCAAUGAGGUGGAGCUGAUUGCAAAGCUUCAGCACAGGAAUCUUGUGAGGUUGUUGGGUUUCUGUGCUGGGAAAGAAGAGAAGUUGCUCAUCUAUGAAUACCUGCCUAACAGAAGUCUUGAUGCCUUUCUGUUUGAUCCAAACAAGAGGCGUCAGUUGGACUGGGAGAAACGCCGCCAAAUUAUAGUAGGAAUUGCCCGGGGUCUUCUUUACCUUCAUGAGGACUCUUUGCUCAAAGUCAUUCACAGGGACCUCAAAGCCAGUAAUGUGUUGUUGGACAAUAAAAUGAACCCAAAAAUAUCAGACUUUGGCAUGGCAAAGAUUUUUGAAGGAGAAGAAAAUGAAGUUAAUACUGGCAAAGUUGUCGGGACAUUUGGAUACAUGGCUCCAGAGUAUGCCAUUGAGGGUAUUUUCUCUGUAAAGUCUGAUGUGUUCAGCUUUGGAGUUCUUCUACUUGAGAUUUUAAGUGGAGAAAGGAAUGGAGCAUCUUAUCUUAAGCAACACGGAGAUUCUCUUGUUAAACAUGCAUGGCAACUAUGGAAUGAGGACAGAGUAACUGAAUUCAUGGAUCCAUUGCUCGGGGACUCAUAUCCGAUGAACGAAGCUCGGCAAUGCUACCGUGUUGGUUUGCUGUGCGUUCAGGAGAAUCCAGAGGACAGACCAACCAUGUCGUCAGUUGUUCUCAUGCUGAGAAGCGAUCAAACGCCAUUGUGUCCACCAUCAGAGCCCCCAUCCUAUGCACGAUCAUGGAAGACCCCAGAAUUGGAGCUGUCGCCACUUAUGUAUUCGACUUCAACAAAAACUCAUUCCAUAAAUGAUGUCACACUCACUACUGUCGAACCACGGUAGCGCAUCCAUGAAUGCAACAAAACUUGUUGAUCAGUUUUGAGUGUUGGAAGUUGCUUGAGGAUGUGAUUUGUGUGCUACAAAAGAAGCAACUUUGUAAUGUUUAUUUGAAAUAAGGAUGUGUGGCUGUAACCUGUGUCUUCUUGUGUUUUGGUCAGUAAAAUGUGAAGCACAAUAAGCAGAUGCAUUGGCUUCCAUAAGCUUGCAUGGAUAUUAAAUAUCUAAUUGUAAUUGGUUUAACACCAUAUGCUUGUCUAGAUAUUAAAUAUCUCAUUAUAAUUGGUUUAA